AAGCUGGGAGGAGAAGCAACCGAUCUAUUAACAAAAGCUCUGCCUUGUCCCUGCUGACCGGCCAGCAGAAAGCUGGACAAGAAGCUGUGGCUCUCCGCCAGGGAGGUCGGGCUCCCUGCAGGCAUCCUUAACACGCCCUUCUCCCUCCCUCUCUCCCGGACUCUGAAGCUUGGCACUGGGAAAGUAAGUUUUCUAAGCCUCAGCAGAAGCCCUGGAGAAGACCAGGAAAGGGAAUGUGCUUGUGAACUUCAAUUCCAUAUCAACUUUUGUGUUUUGUGGGUUAAUGGAUUUUUAGUACAAAGAAAACUCAAACCCAGCUGACUUGAAAGACUGGAAUUUCAGCUCUCUUCCUUCCCUGGGAUAUUUUUCCUCCCCCUUUCUCUGAAAGCUCUUUAAACCAGAUUACCGGGUCAGUGACUCUUCCAGCCCGCCACUUCUAGCAUUUUGGCUUGGAGAGGAAAACCACUACCUGAUUAGCAAAGCACUUGGGAGGCAGAUUAAUCUUGCCAGCGUUGUCAGGAGUGAUCAGCGAGUUUUAUUAAAAGCUCCAGGAUUGCUUGAAAGGCCUCCUUGUCUGAGUCUGAAUGGAAGGGGCCUGGUAAGACCUCAGGGCACGCUGUCAGGACCCCUGGCCCUGCCCCCUGGACUAUGAGCUGAUACUCCUCCAGGAAGCUCAGGAGCCCUACUUUGCUGAAAAGACUUCGCCUGUGGACAGAUGCAAACUGGACCUAUCAACCCUGUCAGCAUGAACUCUCCAGACCUCACUGGGCCCAAGGCCCUGCUUCCCCUGCUGCUUCUGCUACUCCUGGACCAGACUAGCCCCACAUUCAUCACUGUCAACCGUGGCCUGAGGGUGGUAAAGGGCAGCUCUGCCUUCCUGUCCAAAGACAACCUGAAGUUUGCCAUUCCUAGAGGGAAGGAUGCCUGCAGAGUGGAGGUGGUGAUGAAUGAGCCCAUAACCCAGAGGGUUGGGACGCUCACUCCGCAGGUCUUUGAUUGCCAUUUCCUUCCCAGUGAAGUCAAGUAUGUUCACAAUGGUUGCCCAAUUCUUAAUGAAGACUCUGUGAAGCUUCGGCUUUAUAGAUUUACUGAAACAGACACAUUCAUGGAAACCUUUCUCCUGAGGAUCGAACUCCUGGAGCCAGACUGUAGCAUCAUCCGCAUGAGCAGCAAUGUGCUGGAGGUGUCUGAAUUCUAUGGCCUUUCCCAAGCCAUUGAUAAGAACCUGCUUCAAUUUGAUUAUGAUAGGAUGGCCAGCCUGGAGUGUUCCAUCACAUUGGACCCCGUGAAAACUUGGCUACCAGCCCAUGGCCAGCUGGUCAUGGUGGAGCCUCAGACAGAAGGACCUCGUGGAGAUCAGCCACACAUUUUUUUUCCUGAGUCCCAACUGGGAGCAGAACUGAAGUGUUCUUCUGUAAGCUGUGCCCCGGGACUGAGGACAGUCGGGAGCCUCAGAGCACGCUGUGAGGAGUUCCUGCUCAUGGGGCUUCACUACCACCAUGUGCGCCCUCCCUCGCCCAGCAUCGACUAUAUUCCCAUCCGCCUAGACCUCACGGAGAGCAGGAGCAAAGUCAUAUACAAGUCAGAGAGUGCGUGGUUGCCUGUCUAUAUCAGAACUGGCAUUCCAAACCAGAUCCCAAGGGCUGCAUUCAUGGCUAUGUUUACUCUGGAAGUGGACCAGUUCAUCCUGACCUCCCUGACUACCUCAGUUCUGGACUGUGAGGAGGACGAGACCCCCAAACCCUUGCUGGUGUUCAACAUCACUAAAGCCCCACUGCAGGGCUACAUGACUCACCUGCUAGAUCACACCAGACCCAUCUCCUCAUUCACCUGGAAAGACCUCAAUGAUAUGCAGAUUGUCUACCAGCCACCGAACAACAGCCAUUCUGAGAGGAGACAAUAUGAGGUGGAGCUGGAAGUGUGGGACUUCUUCUUUGCGAAGAGUGCUCCCAUCACAGUCCACAUCUCCAUCAGAACAGCAGACACAAAUGCCCCCCGGGUAUCCUGGAAUACAGGUCUGAAUCUCCUAGAGGGGCAGUCUCGGGCCAUCACCUGGGAACAGUUUCAGAUUGUUGACAAUGAUAACAUUGGUGCUGUCCAGUUAGUCAUUGUUGAUGGCCUUCAGCAUGGACGACUUACUGUAAGAGGAGCGAAAGCGUUUAUCUUCACGGUGACAGACCUUCAGGUUGGAGUUGUUCGCUACCAUCAUGAUGACAGUGACUCCACUAAAGACUUUAUAGUCUUCAGGAUAUUUGAUGGCCAGCACAACACUCGACACAAAUUUCCUAUCAACAUCUUGCCCAAAGAUGAUAGUCCCCCAUUCCUCAUAACCAAUGUUGUGAUUGAACUGGAGGAGGGGCAGACCACCUUGAUCAAGGACUCCAUGCUGAGAGCUUCAGACAUGGACUCCAGUGAUGACUACAUCUUCUUCAAUAUCACAAAAUCUCCACAGGCUGGGGAGAUCAUGAAGAAACCAGGGCCAGGACUGAUAGGCUAUCCUGUCCCUGGCUUCCUUCAGAAGGAUCUAUUUAAUGGAAUCAUUUAUUACCGUCAUUUUGGUGGAGAAAUCUUUGAGGAUUCUUUUGAAUUUAUCCUGAGGGACAGCCACGAACCUCCAAAUCUUUCAGUGCCACAGGUGGUGAUGAUUCGUAUCACUCCAGUGGAUGACCAGCUUCCUAAAGAAGUACCAGGAGUCUCUCGGCAUUUGGUUGUCAAGGAAACGGAGGUGGCCUACAUAACUAAGAAGCAUCUACACUUCGUAGAUGCAGAAUCAUGUGACAGGGAGCUGCUCUACACAAUAACGAGGCCUCCAUUUUUCUCCUUCAGCCACAGAUACUUGGAUGCUGGGAAGUUAUUCAUGGUGGACAGCAUACCAAAGCUAGCCAAAAAUCCUACAGCCCUGGGACUAAGGUCAUUUAGUCAGCAUGCUGUGAACCAUAUGAAAGUGGCCUAUAUGCCACCCAUGCAAGAUAUAGGUCCCAGUCUCCAACACGUGCAGUUCACAGUUUCCAUCACUAACCAACAUGGAGGCACUCUGCAUGGAAUCUGCUUUAACAUUACGAUUCUCCCGGUGGACAAUCAAGUUCCUGAGGUAGUCACCACCACUCUGAGGGUGGCAGAAGGAGGCCAAUGCAUCAUCAGCACAGAGCACAUCCUGGUUUCUGAUGGGGACACCUCACUGGACAAUGUCUACCUCUCUCUUCAGGGAAUGCCUCUGCAUGGAAGGUUGGAACUGAAUGAGUUCCCUCUAGACCCAGGAGGCACAUUUUCAUGGAGAGACCUCUACACCUUAAAAGUCAGGUAUCAACAUGAUGGAUCUGAGGUUCUUCAGGAUGACAUAUGCUUGGAGGUCACAGAUGGCACAAAUUCGGCAGAAUUUGUUCUGCAUGUUGAGGUAUUACCAGUGAAUGAUGAGCCACCAGUCCUAAAGGCGGACCUCAUCCCCAUGAUGCACUGCUCAGAGGGUGGCGAGGUGACCAUCACCCCUGAAUAUGUUUUUGCUACUGAUGUGGACAGUGAUGACAUGAAACUGAUGUUUGUGAUUGUCAGAGCACCUGGGCAUGGCGUGGUAAGAAAGGCUGGAAUCACUGUGGACCGCUUCUCCCAGGGAGAUGUUAUUUCAGAGACUGUGACCUACAAACACACUGGUGGUGAGAUUGGCCAGAUGCCUUGUUUUGACACCAUCACAUUGGUGGUUUCGGAUUGGGAAGCUGGCUCUUUGGUGAAUGGCUGUUGCUACAAUGGACCUGAUCCAUCUGUUCCUCUUCAUGAGUCCUUUCCAGUAUAUGAUCUCAACAUCACAGUUUAUCCAGUAGAUAAUCAGCCACCUUCAAUUUCAAUAGGUGCAAUAUUUGAGGUGGAUGAGGGCUUCUCAGCAGCCCUGACUGUUAACCAUUUGUCCGUUAUUGACCCAGACACUGCUGUGGAUGAUGUGGAAUUUAUUUUGGUUUCUCCUCCCCAAUUUGGCUACCUUGAAAAUACACUCCCUUCUGCAGGGUUUGAGAAAAGCAAUAUGGGCAUAAGUAUAGCUUCGUUUCUGUGGAAAGACAUGAAGGCUUUUCAUGUUAACUAUGUGCAGUCCAGACACCUGAGGAUGGAGCCAACUGCUGACCAGUUUGUGAUGUAUGCUACAGAUGGGGAGCAACGUUCCUUGGAGACAACAUUUUAUAUUAUAAUCAACCCCACAAACGAUGAAGCUCCUGACUUUGUGGUGCAGAAUAUUACUGUGUGUGAGGGUCAGACAACAGAGCUGGACUCUUCCAUUAUCAGUGCUGCUGACCAGGACAUACCCAAGGACCCUUUGCUGUUCACCAUUACUCGCCAGCCCCGUCAUGGUCUCCUCAUCAAUGCAGUGUCCAGCAAAGACUAUCCUCAGAACAAGUCACGAGCCAGCUCUGACCAGAAUCAUGAAUUUAUUCACAACUUCUCCAUGGAGCUUCUCAGAACUGGAAUGAAGUUGGCAUAUGUCCAUGAUGACUCCGAGAGCCUUGCUGAUGACUUUGUGAUCCAGUUGUCAGAUGGGAAACACAAAAUACUGAAAACCAUUUCAGUAAAGAUCACCCCAGUUAAUGAUGAGAAACCAACACUCAGCAAAAAGGCUGAAAUUGCAUUGAACAUGGGCGAUACGCAUAUCCUGUCCAGUGCUGUUCUUUCAGCCAUAGAUAAAGACUCCCCCAGGGAACGGAUUUACUAUGUAUUUGAAAGGCUUCCCCAAAAUGGGCAACUUCAGCUUAAGAUAGGGCGGAACUGGGUGCCUCUCUCAGCUGGCAUGCAAUGCAAUCAAGAGGAAGUGGACCUGAACUUGUUGAGAUACAUACACACCGGCACAAUGGAUUCCCAGCAUCGCGACAGCUUCACCUUUUAUCUCUGGGAUGGUGACAACAGGUCACCUGCAUUUGACUGUCACAUCAUCAUCAUGGACAUGGGAAAAGGUGAUAUUGUCAUUCAUACAAAACCACUCAUAGUGUCCAAAGGUGACAGAGGUUUUUUGACGACCACCACUCUCCUGGCUGUGGAUGGGACAGACAAGCCUGAGGAACUUCUUUAUGUCAUUACCUCCCCACCACAGUAUGGCCAGCUGGAGUAUGUCCGCUACCCUGGAGUCCCCAUUACUAGCUUUAGCCAAAUGGACAUAGCAGGACAGACAGUCUGCUACAUAUACAAGAGCAAGGCAGCUGUCUCCAGUGACAGCUUCAGAUUUGUCAUCAGCAAUGGACUGCAGACCAAACAUGGGGUGUUUGAGAUCAUUCUGGAGACCGUGGAUAGAGCCUUGCCUGUGGUGACCAGGAACAAAGGGCUGAGGCUGGCUGAAGGGGCUAUGGGCCUGCUUUCCUCUGACCUCCUUCAGCUGACCGACCCUGACACGCCGGCAGAGAACCUCACCUUUCUUCUGACCCAGCUCCCACACCAUGGUCAGCUCUACCUGCAGGGGACGGUGCUGCUUCAACACAGUUUCACCCAGCAUGAUGUGGACAGCAGAAGUGUGGCCUAUCAGCAUUCAGGAGACAACUCCCAGCACGACUGCUUUACUUUUGUGGUCACAGAUAGAACAAACCAAGGAUUUGUUGUGGAUGGAAGAGUGUGGGAAAAGCCCAUUACAUUCACCAUUCAGGUGGAUCGGUUGGACAAAAUAGCACCCCGGAUCACGCGCUUUCACUCCCCUUCUCAAGUGGGGCUACUGAAAAAUGGCUGUUAUGGGAUUUACAUCACUUCCCUCGUGUUGAAGGCAUUGGACCCUGACACCAAGGACGAUCAGAUUAUCUUUAAGAUUCUACGAGGCCCUCUGCAUGGACACCUGGAGAACACAACAACAGGUGAAUUUAUCCAUGAGAAAUUUAGCCAAAAGGACUUGAGCAGUAAGACCAUUCUUUACAUCAUAAACCCAUCUUUACAAGUAAACUCGGAUAUUCUGGAAUUUCAAGUCAUGGACCCUACAGGGAAUUCUGCCACUCCUCAAAUUUUGGAGAUGAAUUGGUCUCAUAUUGAAUGGUCCCAGACUGAAUAUGAGGUCUGUGAGAAUGUGGGUUUGUUGCCCUUGGAAAUUACCAGAAGAGGAUAUUUCAUGGACUCAGCCUUUGUGGGCAUAAAGGUCAACCAAGUGUCAGCUAUCAUUGGAAAGGAUUUCACCAUAACUCCAUCGAAACUAAUUCAGUUUGAUCCAGGAAUGUCAACUAAGAUGUGGAAUAUAGCAAUUACCUAUGACGGAUUAGAGGAAGAUGAUGAGGUCUUUGAAGUAAUUCUGAACUCCCCUGUGAAUGCGGUUCUUGGCACAAAGACAAAAGCGGCAGUGAAAAUUUUGGACUCAAAAGGAGGAUGGUGCCAUCCUUCAAAUUCCUUCAACCAAAGCAAGCACGGUGCAUCAGAGAAGGGCAUUUGGCACCCACUAUCCCCAGGGUCAUCCUCGCCCACCACUGCUGGUUCCUCUCAUCUGGAAAGAAGGCUCCGUCUAUCUUCCCAGCAGCUGACCAUCGCCAGAGGAGAUACCCUGCGGGGCUUUGAUUCUUCAGAUCUUUCUCGGAGGAAGCUUAGGACCCAUGAGAACAGCAAAGCAGUCCACCCUUCCUCUGUUUAUAGAAACGGAACAGACAUCAUCUAUCAUUAUCAUGGGAUGGUUUCUUUGAAACUAGAAGAUGACAGUUUCUCAGCUCACAAAAGGAAGGCCAAAAUACCCAUCAUUAGUCAGCCACAAACAACAACCAUGGUGGCAGAGCUGCCUCAAGCAGAUAAGGUGGAAUCCACAACUGACUCACACUUCCCCAGAAAGGGCCAGUUGCUCUCAUUUCCAAAGAACUGCACUAUGGAAUUAAAGGGACUCUUCCAUUUUGAAGAAAGGAUCCACAAACUGUAUCAAUGCAAUGGGAUUGCCUGGAAAGCAUGGAGCCCUCAAACCACGGGGCUGGAAGGCAAAUCCUGCGUGUCUGGAUGGCAUCUUCACUCGGGCUACUGUCACACCUUGAUCACGGAGCAGAAAGGCACCUGGACUAUGGCUGCUCAAGCCUGCAGGGAACAGUACCAGGGAAAUCUCGUCACGGUAUUCUCCAGGCAGCACAUGCAAUGGCUAUUGGGCAUCAGCAGAAGAGAGCCCUUCUGGAUAGGUUUGAAUAAACAAGUGCCCACUGGCCGCUGGGAGUGGAUCAAAGGUGAACCUGUAACCUUCACCAACUGGAGGAGAGGGCCCCCCCAGCACUCAAAGUCUGCAAAAAACUGCGUUUUGGUACAAAAACGAGGAAAAUGGCAAACCAAGAACUGUGGGAAGGGUAAACCUCACAAUUUCGUGUGCUCCAGGAAGCUAAGUGUAACCUGAUACUUGUCCCUUGUUCACGAGGUUUAUGAAGACUGCUCAGUAGAAGAUGCAUUGUUAUGAUUGGAUGGGCAUGCCUUGGCCAUUAUCUCUAAGCAAAAAUGGAGUCUAGGUGAAUAGUUCCAGGAGGAUUGAUAAUUGACUGUUCCAUACAUAAUGAAAGAAAUUUUCGUAUCUCAAUGCCUUUCAAAAUAAAUGCCUGUAGUAUUAUGUGAAGUAUAAGAUUUGCUUGUCCCAGAAUCUGGCACCCUUGCCCCAUGCCAGCUUGCACACAGUACCAAUUCCCAUGGUCCUUGGAUUUUUGUUGUGAUUGUUGUUCUCAUCACCUCAAAUAAGUCCAUUCUGUAAUAAUCAGUACUGCAGGUGCUCCUUCCACUGAAUCUUAGUGACACCACUUUUCUGGUUUCACGAAACCAACUUUGGAUGCUCAGGGGUAGGUUUGUAUCUUUAGAGCUCUUUGAACACCCAAAAUUAGAGGUUGUGGGUGGACAGGAAAAUUCUCUCUUAGAUAGAAUAAUCUUGCAAGUGGAGAUGACUGAGCCAGUCGAAUUCAGGUGAGAGUCCACAGGCCCACAUGCACGCACUUGAGAGAUUAGCCAAUCAAUCGGUGCUCAUGAAGCACGGCCCCUGUUGCAAUAUGAAUGUAGCAUUGUGUCAUUCCUAUACUCCAGACUGGGUUUCCCCUGCUUUUCAGAUCUCCUGUAAAGUUUGAAGUAACAUAAUAUCCUCACCUGCAUCUGCAUUUAUUGUACUGACCAGCGUUUUUCAAAGAUGAUUGAGAUCAAGCACAUAGGGGAAGGAAAAUAUUGCUGCCUCAGAAGUGUCCUCAUAAGAUAUGCUGCUGAAUAAAGAAAAAUAAUCCUGAAAAUACUGAAAACAGAAGCCUUGAAGCCCAUAUUCUCAGAAAAGAUUUUGAUGUGACUUUGAGCCCUUAAAUCUGUAACACUUGCCGAACUGCUACGCUAACUAGACUCUUAAUGGAAAGGUGCCUUAUUAAUUUGCAAACUCAGUGAGUAAAACAUUUUGUAGCUGUAAAGCAUGCUAUAUCUCUCUCCAUAAUCCAUUCUGAAAUCAAUGUUUAAUUAUAGGAAAUUAGAACUUCACUUCUAAAAUGUUUAUUAAAAAUUUUCCUCUUUUCCUAAUCACUGAAAAUAUGGUUGUGCUAAAUGUAACUUGUUAGAUGAGUAUCAACAUAAUUUAAGAAUUGAAAUGAGGUUUUCAAGUAAACUAGAGCUCUGGGGCAGUUUUUUUUUUUUAAAUAGUAAUAAUACCUUGAGUGUUAUAGACACUAAAAAUGGCUUAUGAAAGUCAUUCCACUUUCUGGAUAUAACAUGGAUAAAACAUGACAAGCUUGUCUCAUUUCUGCUCAUUUAUCAAAGUUUUGGUUAAUAGGAAAUUUUGCCUGAAGAGGUUAGAAUAAGACUCAGACAUUCUGUCUCUUUCUUAAAUCCACCCAUAAUUGCAGAGUUGGGGGCUCUUACCUCAGAGUCUGAUGUAGGCUGCUGACAGGCAUAAUGCACAAGUCUGUGUUUAACCAGAACAUGCUACACCCUUCCUUCACCCCAGCUUCAGCCAAGUUCCUUGUGAUCAACCUGCCUGUGCAGCAUGAAGGUGGGAUUCAUGGUAAUGGAAAGAAGGUUAAGACCCAGAAGAAAGUGCAAAUUCAGUGAGUGAGGCAUUCAAAAGUCACUCCCUUCUACUGGAACUCAAAAUUAUAUCAACUCUUUAAAACUGGAAAUUGAGAACCAUGUCAACUGUGUAAAACCUGGUUGGCAUGAAAGAUUUAUUAGACUUUUUGGGAAUGAAAAUGGCAUAUCUAAAAUUGCAAAUGUUCACCUAGAAGACAGUCUGAUUUGUAUGGCAAUUAGAAAUGCUGGAAGAAUAUUUUAAAAUGUUCCUGAUCAUGCAAGCAUUGCUCAGAUUAGAAAAUCAGGUCCAACUAAUGGAAAGAAUGUACAAAUGUAGGCAAGCUUGGGGGGUAGGCAGUAUCAUCAUGACUGUCAGGGCUGCCAGUGGGAUAAGGGCAGCUAGGAAGGAAAGCACCAGGAGGACGUGGAUGUCUCCAGGUCACUUCUUCUAACUUGAACCAACUCAGGAAAAGCCCCUGGUGUCCAGGGGCAUUAAUCCAACUCAGUAGUUUAGAAUCUUCACAAUCUGGGCUUUUAAGAAAUACAUGGUAUAUAUUUGCUAAAGAUAAAAGUUAAAAGCAGGUGUCACUCAUUCAAUCUUCUUUCUAAGAGCAGUACAAAAAAAAUGAACCAGGGAGCAUUUAUUUGCAUUUCUAUUUUUGUUAUUGUUACAACAAAAAUGUGUACAUAUUUUAAUGAACACUAUGAUUCUGUGUAAUUUUAUUCACCAGCCAGUGCUAAUUUCUGCAACAAAGAAGCAUAUUAAAUAGACUGUAUCUAGUAUUGCAUCAAAAUUAAUAAAGUAUACUGAUUUCUGGUU